GCUUUAGUUGAGGGCUGAAAAGCCCAAGCUUAGAGGACCAGGCCCGAGAGCUUUUCUUUUCGUCACAAUGAGAGUUCUACUAUAAAUUGCAGGCGACGGUACGCUUGCCCUCUACCUAGGGACAACAUGCAAUUCUUCUCUGGUCCAUUCCAUAGCAAGAUGAGGAGAAUCAUUGUCCCUUUCGUUUUCGCUCUCUUGCCGCUAGUUUCCCCAGGCUCCGCGGCUCCUCCAAGUAACGAGUCUAAACCUUUACAAUGGGAACCGAGUUACGCUGGGCCCAUGGGCGGCAAACUAAUUACCGACCCAAGUCGCCUGUCAGUGCUUUCCGCGAUGCACGCUGAGGCUAUCGAAUGGAUAAACGCUGGGCAAGUUAUACCCGUGGAGCGAACGACGGAUCUUAGCCAGCACAAUGACGAGUCCUUGCACGAGCACGACAAACGCGUGUAUCAAGUCUUUGGGCUCCUGGGCGUCCAGCUUCUCACCACACUCGGUCUCAAGAAUCUAGAAAAGGUCCUCGAUGCGCUCCUGGGCUUGUUCAAGUCGGACGACAUCGUUUGGGAAAGUAGGGAAAGGUGUCGUGCGUUCUUCAGCACUCAUGGGGGAGGGAAUGAGAUUCUGCGGACAUAUGCUAAGGACCAUGGGAAUCCUACGGCGGAAAAUAAGAUAAACGCUGGAUGGAAUAACCCCAGCAGCACUGAUCCACCGGUCCAUUUCUUCGAGGGAGAUCCGGCAAUCGGGCUUUACAGUGUCCAGUUUACGGCAACUGAUACGGUCGCCUGGGGCGGUAUCCCGAAUACCCAGAAAUGCCCUAUCGAGGGCCUGUGCAACCCGCAGUAUAUCUUCUAUCGGAAGGGUUAUAGGAUCGCCAUUAAUACCUGGGAAUCCCAGGGCCGCGUUUCGGCUUGCCAAUAUUCUGGUGGACAGAAUUGCUUAGGACUGUGCUCCUCGGGCGUCCGGGAUCAAUUUUCGACAGGCGGCGUUGUAUGGGGAGGGAGCUGUGCAAUUCCCUGCAUCGAUGAUAUUCCAGAUGACUAUGUCACUAUACCAAACGAGGAGGCCAAGUUCAUGGUGGUCGGGGAUUCUAUUUCACAUGGAAUGGAGGACGACUGGACUUGGCGAUACCGACUCAGUCAAUGGUUGGACAAGAACGGGUACAUCCACCACUUUGUUGGACCCUGGCAGGGAACACACGCCAACGCACCAAUCGCCGUCUCCCAACCCACUGCCCCUUUAUUACCAGGCGAAGAGCCGCCAGCACCCUUCCCAGAAGGCACAGGCUCCUACGCCUCCGGUGUACCUGAAAGUUUCCGCAACACUGGCCAUGCCGCAUGGUGGGGCCGUCAAGCCGCACAGUCGCGGCACACGAUCAAAGCAUGGGUCUCCGAGCACCAGCCCGACUAUCUCCUAAUCUUGCUUGGCUUCAACGACCUCGGUUGGUUUGUGAGUGGACCCGAGGGCCUGAUCGGUGACAUGGGCAACCUAGUGCAGGCUGCACGCGAAGCGAAACCAGAUAUCAGGCUUCUCGUGGGCAACGUGGUCCACCGCAGCUUCAUAGGCGGAAGGCAGGACCUCGUUGAUAAUACCAACAGAUACAACAUACUCCUCCGGGAUACGUUGCCGAAUUGGUUUCGGUGGGAGUCUCCGAUUGCGUAUGUUGAUGUGAAUACCGAUUAUGAUUGCCGGCCUUCCGGCUGCCCGGAUGGAUAUGACGGGUUGCAUCCUAACGCUCGCGGGGAGUACCAUAUUGCGCAGGCGUUUGCGCGAGUCUUGCAGAGGGAUUUCAACUAUGACGGGACUGAGUUCUCGGUCCCUGAUGCAGUUGAUUCCAGGCCUGUGAGCACGCCGGGUAAUGUGAGGUCAGUCUCGUAUCCGGAGGGGCUCUUUACCACUUGGGACCCAGUCGAGAAUGCUCGUGGAUACCAGAUCCGUGCGCGGGUCCAGGGUGCGACGGGAUGGUGGUCCGAGGGGGACGUUUACCCGUCUACCCACGGAAGCUGGUCGCCAUGGGUGAUCAACGGACAGACGUGGGAGUACCAGGUCCGUACCAAGGGCGAUAACGAUGCCCGCUCCUCCUGGUCUGCAUUGAGCUCGGUCACAGCAAAUAUCAAGACAGCCCCGGGACCAUCAAACAUCAUUGUUGAGCCUCAGGGAACCGACGUCCUCGUGCGAUGGGAUGCGGUUACGGGAUACAACGUGAAUAGAUACGGUGUCCUUGCCUGGGAUAAAUCAACAGAGGGUGCUUUCAUCACAAUUUACCCCACAAAGGACACGAGCUUGCUUGUCAAGGGCUUGAAAUCGGGUUCACGUUACGGCAUCUGGGUAGCGACUUAUGUUGGCAUGAUUGGAAGCUUGACUAGGCAAUACGUCGUAGCUGGUGGGUUGCCUGCAGAGGGAAGAGAAUUCAUUGCCGGAUCCUGGGCACCCGCACCACCUACCGGACUGCGGGUGACCAACAUUGAUGCAACCACCGUUCGGCUUGAGUGGAAUGCGGCCGCUGGCGCUUCAGGGUAUGGUAUCUAUACCAGAAGCGUAAGGGACAACACAGCCCUCGAGCGAGGUGGUACAACGACGCAAACAUCACACGAGAUCUACUUCCUGUUCCCAGGGACUUGGAACUUCCAGUUCUGUAUAUCUGCGUACAACGGAAACCUGGAAACUGCCCCUGUUGCCUGCGUUAUCCCACCCGUUUGUUGUGGCUUCGAGAAGAGGGACUUGGUUGAGGCGAACUACACGGUUGUGCAGAAUACGAGCACAACUUAUAACUCGGCCAGUUUGGUUAAGGACAAAGAGCUUCAGAACCUAUUUGCAGCCUACCAGGAGGCUGCCGAGCUCGCAUCCUCCAUACCGGCUGACCCUGCUUCAGCGAUGCUGGGGACUGACUAGGCCGUUGCCUGGCUUAUGAUGCUGCUUCGUCGCAAUAUUCUUCAGAGGACCCAGCGAUGAUACUUCGUACAUGAGCACCCCGCGAGCCGAUGCCCAUUAUAUAGGGUAUAUGUGCCUGUGGAAAUUAGUGAAUGCUCCACCUAUGACAUGCUUAGCAAGAUCGGAAUUGCUUCGCUUAACUUAUAGAGUGAUUUCUCCAGCGGGUGGCUAUUCUUGAAUAAUUCUAGCAAUUUGAUGAGAACGUGCAGGCGACAGCAUAUUGAGUAGGUUGUCGUUUCAAGUAGCUGCCCAUCGCGUAAGAACAACAACCGCCCGGCAACGGAUCGUUCUUCCACCUGGGCAAACCCGUCCGUCGAGCUUUCCACAACGUCCCCGCAAGCACAAGGCAUCCCAAAAGCAAGGCCAGGACUGGAAGGACAAUCCACUUUCACUGCAGGCCGAUAUGCGUGGCGCUGACUUGGACACAGCCCACUGCUCUCCCAGGUUCGCCCUUGAGAUUCAACCCAUAUCGGGAAUCCCGAAAGGUCUUCGAGAUAGCCUGUGCGAUAUUCGCCGUACUGCAAUUAAGCCGUGUUGGAAGGUCGUCGCUGCAGCCGACGAUGGCUCCCUGGCCGCGACCCUGAUCACGAGUAUUGGCAUAAGGACGUCAUCUAACAAUAUGACCGGAACUGUCACAUUACCCACGGUAACUCGACCUGCUGGUACAGUUUCAUGGAACGCCGCGAGCACAGUGAGGUUGUUGCGGACUAGACGCGCAUUGAAGUGCAUUUCGAGACGGUUACCCAUACCAUGGCCUGUUUCCUAUAUCCAUUUAAACCCCGACGAUAAUUUGAAGAUAUUCAGCGGAUACUAACCUAACGACGACGCGGUAUGGUAUUUCGAACACUAGCUUUAUUAUGAAUGGGUUGACUGAUGGGACAUAUGACAUUUUCAUAUUUCUUGGAUGGCGGAUACCUGGUACCUUAGGGCGGCUGUAAGGCGAUUUCCGCCGGUGUUGGGAUUCGCUAGACUGUUGCAUGUGUCCUCGGCUUCGACGGCGAGUCCAAUGUUUUCUUGCCUCUGAUGUCUUUUGUUUCCACAUACUGUGGGGAUCCGAUGUGAACUUGGCGCUGCAUAUGGGGUUAUGAUUCGGUGCCUUAAUGGGCCCCUUGUGUUCUAAUCGGCUCUAAUGAAUGUAACUUCAAUUAUUCCGGGUUCGAGUCAAUACCGCUAUUAAAGUAAAGGCGCCUCUCUCCUUGGUCGCGGACACUUGACGCAAGAUGUAGGGAAAACGCAUGGAACGACCCAGCUCCUGCUGGUAAGACGAAUCUUAUCGGAAGAUGAUCUAUCACGUCCGUCUCGGAAGCCUGUUCCAGCCAACGACUACU